AUGGACGGCUUGCGCAAGGCACGUGCUGCGCGGGUGUCGUCGGCGUACGCACGCGAGCGUCGGCGGGCCGCCCGCGACAGCAUGCAUCCGUUGACGACCGGCAAGCCCGCUCGCGAGUGGGACGCCUCGCCGCCGUACCCGCACGCCUCGCCGCCGGGGGUCACAUGCUACCCCCCGCGGGCGAGCGCUCCGGUCCUUCCGCCGCAGUACAAGUACUCGCCCGAGGCGCUGGCGGCCGAUGCGGCUGCUGUGGCGGCUGCCCGGGCUGCUGCUGCGGCGGCGCUGCAGGAGAGGCUCGAUGCCGUGCUCGACGAAGUGCUGGAGGCGAACCCCGACAUGCCGCUGAAGGCGCGUUGCGAGCUACGUGACUCGAUUGCGCAGGUUCUGGCUGCAGAGGCCGGGGCGGACGCCGCCGACAUCGACGACGCCGAUGCAGCUCAUGCAGCAGACGCGCGGGAUGGCGAGCAGGAGGCCACGAUCCCGCCGCGUGAGACUGGGAGCCACUGGUGCACCUCGACUGCUCGCCGUCGCGAGUCACUGCUCUAUCCUGCCCAUCCACAGCCGUUUGACGACCCAGAUGCGCUCGCAGCUGCAGGGCCACCCGAGGCCUCGCCGCGGCUCACUGCGGCGUUCAAGGCGCAGCUGGAGGGCCACCUGUCCCAGGAGGCAUACAAUGCCAUUCUGCACGGUGCACGGGAGCCCGAUGCUGGCCGCGCCUCGUCGGCCGAGAUCAUGGCUGGCGAUGCUGUCAGCAGCGCUCCGGACGCCACCACUGAGUCGGACGCCAUUGUCGGCGCCAGAGUUUUCUCCCGCACCGAGGCCCGUGCGAUGGGCCACGCCGCCGCCGACGACGACGACGCAGCCGCCGAGCUCGGCCUCCGCUCCAUUCUCUGGCGUGAUGAGGUCGAGACCGAUCACGGCAGCAUCGAACACUUUGAGCGCCGCCGCGAGCGCCUCGCCCGCCCUAUGCAUCCUGGCGAGCUACAGCUCGAGGCCUACGACAUCUUCCUCGAACAGCUCCGUCGCCGCGAACGCGAGAUCGUCAAGCGUAAGCGCAUCCAAGAGCUGGAGAACUUGCGCGGACCCCGUCCAGGCUGGUAUGCUCUCCGCGAUGCCUCUUUCAACGAUGAGCUCUGCCGGCAUAACGCCCUUCUCCGGUCCUCCUCAGCCGAGUGGGCCUCCCGCAUGUCAUACUCUAACGAGCUCCUCUCUGCGCCGCUUGGCUGA